AUGAGUUGCUUUAAGCUCCCCAUCUCUUUGUGCAACGACAUUGAAACUUUAAUUAGAAAGUUUUGGUGGGAGCAGCGUGGUAAUCAAAGGAAAAUCCAUUGGACAAGUUGGCAUUCUCUGUGUAAAUCCAAGUGUAUGGGUGGAUUGGGCUUCAAAGACCUCCAAAAAUUUAAUGACUCUAUGUUGGCUAAGCAAGUUUGGCGUCUCUUGGGCAACGAAGAUUCUCUUUUCCAUAGACUCUUCAAAGCUAAGUUCUUCCCGAAUGGGAGUAUUCUCGAUGCAAAGGCUGGGACUGGUUCUUUUGCCUGGGAAAGCAUUCUCAAAGGGCGAGAAGUGAUUAGCAAAGGGCUGCGUUGGAGGGUGGGAAAUGGCUCGGAGAUACGAAUUUUCCAGGACAAUUGGCUCCCAGACCAUUACCUUAAUAGAGUUCUGUCUCCCCCUGAUUUUCUUGGCAUCGAUGCUAGAGUUUUUGUGUUGAUGGAUGGUGUCAAUAGAAGCUGGCUGCAUGAGAUAAUAGAUAACCUCUUCUUACCACAUGAAGCAAAAAUGAUCAAAUCUCUUCCUAUCAGCUUGGUGGAUUGUGAAGAUAAAAUUUUCUGGCCUUUGACUGCUAACGGUGAAUACUCGGUGAAAACUGGAUAUAGACUACUUUCGAAUCUGGGUGCCAGCGAUAACCCGAGCUCUUCGGACAUUUCUCUAUCCAAGCAAAUCUAG